GAAGUACUCCCCCUCUGAGGAGGGUCUUCUCAGGCUACUUCCAGUGGUCAAGUCCUCCAAGAAAGCUUUAAUGAGUGGCUGUAACCUCUCAGAGAAAAGCUGUGAAGGUUUGUCCUCAAUUCUCAGCUCCCAAUCCUCACAUCUGAGAGAGUUGGACCUGAGUAACAAUAACCUGAAUGUUUGGGGGAGUGAAAAAGCUUUCUGCUGGGCUGGAGAGUCCACAUUGUAAACUGGAAACUCUCUGUCUGUCAGGCUGUCUGAUCACAGAGGAAGGUUGUGCUUCUCUGGCCUUAGCUAUUCAUUCCAACCCAUCAUCCCAUCUGCGACAGCUCGACCUGAGCUACAAUCAUACAGGAGACGGGGGGAAGCUGCUGCUAUGCGGACUUGAGGAUCCACUCAGGAGACUGGAGACUCUCAGCUUGGAACCGGUUGGUGUCGAGUGGUUGAUACCAGGUCUGAGGAAGUAUUCCUGUCAACUCACAAUCGACACAAACACAGUAAACAGAAAACUCCAACUAUGUGACAACAACAGGAAGGCAACCCAUCUGAAAGAGGAUCAGUCAUAUCCUGAUCAUCCAGACAGAUUUGAACGUUCUCAGCUGUUGUGUAACAAUGGUCUGACUGGUCGUUGUUACUGGGAGGUCGAGUGGACAGGAAAGGUUGAUAUUGCCGUGAGUUAUAAAGGAAUCAGAAGGAAAGGAGACACAAACCACUCAUGGCUUGGAAGGAAUGAUCAGUCCUGGUGCCUGGGCUGCUUUCAUGAUGGUUACUCUUUGUGCCACAACAACAGUGUAACAUUCAGUUGUCUCCCCUCCUCAUCCUCUGUCUCUAACAGAGUAGCAGUGUAUUUGGAUGCUGCUGCUGGCACUCUGUCCUUCUACAGAAAUGACACCUCACUGACUAUAUGUGACUUAAAAGAAGACACAGAGAAAAACUCUGAAAUCAUCUAA